GUAUCAGAACGAUUUCAGGAGUAGUGGUAAACGUAAAGAACACUUUAUACCUCAUCUAAUCCCUAUCGCCGUGUUCAUCUAUUUCAAAGGAAACGUCUCUCAAGACGAGGGAAUUUGAAUAAGCAUGAAAGAAAAUCAAACGCAGUUCUUAAAAAUGUUGGAAUUAUAUCGAAAUAUUCGGAAUAUUCGGAAAUAUUUUAUGAAUAAAUCAAUGCUGAAAGCACUCGAGUUUAAAGCAAUUUGCUUGUCUGCAUUUUACUUGCUGUACCUCGUGUAUUUGAUUGUGAACCCGAUUCGACAUCUUGUGGAUAUAAUACAACUGCAGAAUACUACCACAGGUGGAAUGCUUGUGUAUUUUUACAUAUUAAUUUACAGGUGUUACUUAUCUCUUUUCUUUUUCGCGAAAAUGUUAAAGGAUUCUGACGACAAUCAACUCUUUGAAAAUUUUGCCGAACUUGAAACUGACGAGGAAGAUAGAAAAUAUUAUAACACUAAUUCAGUAUAUUCACAUACAACUUUCUUUGUAUUUAUAUUCACCCCUCUCUUUCUCGAUGUCUGUGUAGACAUCAUUUUUCCGCUCUGCAGCAACGAUUUUCUGACAUUUUUAAUAUUUCCUCUUCCAACAUACAAUAAAUAUCAUAUACUAGUUUUAAUAAUACAGACUAUAUUCAAUGGCAUCUCUCUGGUGAUUGUGUUAUUAGACCUCUAUAUAGACUUUAUAAUCAGUAUUGCAGCUAUUUAUGAAUUUAACAAAGUGGCGAAGGAGGCUCAAAGGUGCGUAACGGAACAGCAAUCCGACAAUACAGGUGUUUUCAAGAAACACAAAAAGAUUACAGAAAUAUGUAACACACACGAUACUCUAAGCUCAGUACUGAGACUAGUCAACGAAUCUCUGCAGAUGACAUCCGGAUUUAUCGUACUCUAUAGUAUAAUAAGCUGCUGCCUUGCAACUUAUGGAAUGAUAAAUUAUUCCUUCACAACUAACCUAUAUACGUAUGUUUAUGUAUUAUUCAAUGUAAACGUUAUGCUGCUCAUUUUGUUGGGAAUGAUUUGGCUUGGAAUUCGUUUAAACAGAUCGGUUCACAGCAUUACACAAAGUAUUCACUAUAUGCAGUUUCAGGGCGUCGACCAGGAGGUUGUUGCGAAGAUAUUAGUUUUCCUAAAUCGACUAACGACUGAAUCUCAUGGAAUUGAUGUUGGUGGCUGUUUCGUAAUAACUCCUUCGUCAACACUUACGAUGAUUGGAAGUUUCAUUACUUACAUACUUGUGGUAAUUCAGACAAAGCCAUUAUAAACGAUGUCUCAUUUUAUUAUGCAUUUUCGAUUGUAAGUAAAUUCAGUACGAAGACGCCUUUAGCAGUACUACCUCACUAUUUCACCAUUAAAUACCUUUGGAACCUGGGCACAUCUGCACUUUCUCACGCAAGAUUAUUUUUUCUUAAAAGGUAAAGAUGGGUAAUGCUGAAGCGAGAUCGAACGCCUUCUACCGGUGAAAUCUCAGGAUGAUUCUAUACUCUUUAUUAUCAGUCAUGCAGCCAUUGAUUUUUCUGCUGGAUUAUUUAUAACUGUCCGCCAUCUUUUAAGUAAAAUUGUAUAAAAAUAUAUAUAUUCACACAAUGAUUUUUCCGUCUGUAUUUUAAUUUUCCUGCUACCACAUCUGCACAUGUUCUACUUGUCACUUUUUCUCAUUUACAUA